UCUUUGAUCGGAACUUAACAUAUAUAAUAGCGCUGCAUAAACAUAUAAUAAGCAGUGGUUAAGGAUGCGCUCCGGCUCGUCGAGAGGCAUCGCCGCCGUGGUUGGUGUAGGGCCGAAGCUCGGCCGUUCCAUCGCCCGCAAGUUCGUCCACGAAGGCUACACCGUCGCGAUUCUCGCACGGGAUUUAGGUACAUUGUCGAGAUUCGCAGACGAGAUUGCGAGAGAAGAGAAGGCGCAAGUGUUCGCUAUUCGUAUAGAUUGCUCGGAUUCUCGGAGCAUACGAGAGGCCUUCGAGGGGGUCCUGUCCCUCGGAUUCGUCGAGGUUUUGGUGUAUAACGCGUACAAGGAGGUGUCUAGGAAGCCCACCAACUUCGUGGAUAUUAAGGUUGACCAGUUUGAGAAAUCCAUGGCCGUUUCCUCUGUCGGAGCCUUCCAUUGCGCUCAACAGGUAUUGCCGGGCAUGGUGGAAAGGGGUAGAGGGACGAUUCUCUUCUCCGGCUGCUCCGCCUCCGUUUCCGGCGUUGCUGGCUUUUCUGAAUUAUGUUGCGGGAAAUUUGCUUUGAGAGGAUUAUCGCAGUGCCUGGCGAGGGAGUUUCAACCUUUGGGAAUACACGUCGCUCAUGUCAUCAUCGACGGCUUCGUCGGCACACCUCGAGGGGCAUUAUUGGGAUCAUCAUCUUUGCAGCAGCAAAGAUGGGGGGUGAGAGAAAUGCAGGUAGAGAAUGAAGAAGAUGGAGGAAUGGACCCGGACCACUUGGCUCGGACCUAUUGGCAUUUGCAUAUUCAACAUCCAUCCGCUUGGACCCAAGAGAUUGAUCUUCGUCCUUCCAAUCCCACCUAAACCCCAUUAUUACUCUAUUUUUCUUAAUCCAACUUAAACCUACAAUCAACUUUAUUUUCAUGCAAAACACUCAAAGUUAUAUUUCGAUGGUAGAAUAUUAGAUAUGAUCUUUCUAAGUCUUUAUACAACACCUUGCUAGCUAGAAAUGAUGUGUAAAAUGUCUUAAAUUUUCUCCACACUAUUCUAUUCCUUUAUGUGUGUUUAGGGACGGAUUUAUAGCUCCCAAUGAUUUUAUUUUUUUGGUACUGUUACUGUAUAUUUUAAUCUAUGAAAUUACUAUUAUUUGUGAGUUA